CUUCACCCCACAUUACUUCCGAAAUACCAUGCACAAAGAUGCUGAAAUCGACACAUAAGGCGGCUGCGCCUCCUCCCUUGCCCGAAGGCUGGACAGAACACCAAGCUCCAACUGGGCAUUCCUAUUACUACAAUACAGCGACGAAGCAAUCAACAUACACGAGACCAGUACCACCCCCCACGCCAGUUGCAGCCCCUCCUCCUACAACCCCAUUCCAGAGUUUUCAGCAAUACCAAAGUGUUGGAAGUUUACCAAGUGCUGGACCGACUUUCAACAAUGAUGGGUCGCAAGAACAAUUCCAACGUGGACGCGGUGGAUUUCAAGGCCGGGGAGGCAGAGGUGGGCAUGAUCGACCUAGAGACUCGAGACCACAGCCGACAGACAAGCCCAUAUCAAAUUUGCCGAUUCCUGGAUGUGAGCCGUGGGUUCUGGUGCACACUAAGCUGGGGAGACGAUUUGUCUAUAAUACUGAGAAAGACCAAAGUUUCUGGCGCAUACCAGACAAGUUGAAGGAUGGAAUAUUGGCUUUGGAUCAACAGAGGAUAAAAGAGAAAGCUGAAGCUUUGUCAAAAGCUAAGGAGCCCGUGGAUUCAGGCGAGGCUCCAGGUGCUGCUCAACGGCCAGGCCAGGUCUCGGAGGAAGCACCAAAAGAUAGGGAUGCAGUAGAUGAUAGCUCCGAAUACGAAGAGGUCGAGGUUACCGAUAAUGAAGAGGAUGAGGAAAAUCCUUCGAAACGGCAACGAACAGAGGAGCCUGGGCAGGAAGACCCCAUUGAGUUCAACGAAGAUGAUAUUGCAUUUCAACUGGCAGCGAUGGGUCAAGAAUAUGGUCUGGACCCUGGAGAAUAUGGCGACGAAAAUAUGGAAGAAUGGGAGGAGGGUGCAGAAGGAUUGGAAAUGACUGCGGAGGACUCCGCGGCACUCUUCAAGGAUUUAUUGAACGACUUUGGAGUCAACCCAUACAGCCCAUGGGAGAAGCUUGUCGAAGAAGGAAAGCUGGUUGAUGAUCUGCGAUAUACAGCCCUUGCGACCAUGAAAGCAAGGAAGGAGACCUGGGAAGAAUGGUCCCGAGAGAAGAUCAAGAUUUUGAAGGAACAGCGUGCGAAGGAAGAGAAGAAGGACCCUAGGAUUCCAUUCCUCGCCUUCCUCCAGAAGCAUGCUACGCCCAAAUUAUACUGGCCAGAGUUCAAGCGGAAGUACAAGAAGGAACCGGAAAUGCGGGAUUCUGCCAUGGCUGACAAAGAUCGGGAGAAGUUCUAUCGAGAUCACAUCAAUCGUCUCAAGCUUCCUCAAUCUACCCUGAAGUCCGACCUGUCAACUCUCCUGAAGGCACAACCACUUUACAUGCUUAACAAUGCAACUCUACCUUCGCAUCUCCCUCCGCCCGUUUUAGCAGAUAUCCGGUAUAUCUCUCUUGACCCUUCAACACGAGAUCCCCUAGUCGAGGGCUACAUAUCGACUUUGGAUCCACCUCCAGAGUCCGCAGCUGAAGAAGAAAGCGAGAAAGCCAUUAAAGAGCGCAAAGACCGCGAACGAAGACAGAAGGCAUUGGAAGGCCGUGAAAAGCAUGUGGCUGACGAGAAGAGACGACAGAAGCGAAGCCUAGAAUUUGGAAAGGGAAAACUGAGGGAGGAAGAAGCGGAAAUUGCGAGAGCAAUGAACAUUACAAAGAAAGGGCUGAAGGAUCAUUUGAUGGAGCUUGACGAUGCUGACAAGCCUUCGUAGCAAUACCGGAUAUGGUCUCCCUAUAAUCUUUCCCUGCUGCUGUGGCAAGUAUAGUGCAUGCAGCAUGUGUACUUUUAAUGCACUCUCCUUGUGGGUGAAUGGUCAUCUGACAAGUGUCUUUGAACAGCCCCCCCCCCCCCC